ACAUUUCCUUUGACAAUGAAUGCAGCAUUUUCCAUAUGUCUUCACGCCUAUUUCCAACAUUCUCGCCUGGAGUGAUUCAUGUUGUCUUAAAUGCAGGAAGGUGAAGUCUGUGAAAAAGAAAAGCGCAUUUCGUAGUCUUAAGUGAAGCCUGGACAUGCCCGAUUCUGUAUCGACUGAAACCGGUUCUAAGGUUUCGGACCCACAACAUUCUCAGAAACUCCUCCGGGUCCUUCGCACCUUCUGGCAAGAGAAAAGUUUCCACGAUGCGCUGCUGGUGGUUGAUGGAGAUGAGCUACCUGUCCAGAAGAACAUCCUGGCUGCUGCCAGCCCUUAUAUCAGGACCAAGCUGAACUACAAUCCCCCAAAGGAUGAUGGGUCUACAUACAGAAUUGAGCUCCAGGGCGUUUCCAUGGCCAUCAUGAAACAGAUCCUGGACUAUAUCUUCAGUGGGGAAAUCACUUUGAGCGAAGAGACCAUCCAGGACAUGGUGCAGGCGUCUGACAUGCUCCUCAUGUCCGACCUGAAGUCCCUGUGCUGCCAGUUCUUACAGAGCUGCAUCACCGCAGAGAACUGCAUCGGCAUCCGGCUCUUCUCUCUGCACUACUGCCUCUACCACGUCCACUACGCCGCCACGGAGUUCUUGCAGACACAUUUCAGUGAUGUUGCGCGCACUGAGGAGUUUAGGGAGUUGUCCCCGGACCGGCUCUGCGAGCUGCUGGCCAUGGAGAAGCUAAACGUGGGCAACGAAAAGCACGUGCUGGAGGCGGUGGUGCGAUGGUUUGCCCAUGACUCCGAGGAUCGCAGGGUACACAUGAAGGAAGUGAUGUCUGCAGUAUGGCUGCAGGGCCUGGAUGUGAGCUACCUGAGAGAGCAGGCCAUGGGAGAGCCGCUGAUGAGGGAGGUGAUCACAGAGUACUGUCAGCAGGUGCUGGUGGAUGGUCAGCUGCAGGGUGAGGCUCUGCUCGCUGCCUUCAAACCCCGAGGCUACUCUGAGUGUAUUGUUAUCGCCGGAGGAGAGGAUCGCAAAAGCAGGAAGCCAACCGCUGUGACGCGCUGCAUGUGUCCACUCUAUGACGCCAACAGACAGGCCUGGAUUGAGCUGCAGCCAAUGAGUGUCGCCCGCCUCGGCCACGGGGUGAUUGCUGCCGAGGGUUUUCUAUUUGUGAUGGGCGGAACAGAUGAACACAGCACGGUCCUGGACAGUGGAGAGAAAUUUGACCCUGACUGCAACACCUGGAGCCCGAUACCCCCAAUGCUACAGCCUCGUCAGAACUUUGGGGUGGUGGAGCUGGAUGGUCUGAUCUACGUUCUUGGAGGAGAAAACAAAGAAACGGAGCUGAUCACCGUUGAAGUGUUUGACCCUCACCUCAGUACCUGGAGAAUGCAGACCAGUAUGACUAUGAUCCGCAAGGUCGGCUGCUAUGCCUCCAUGAAUAACAAGAUCUAUGCUAUAGGUGGUGGCUCCUACGGGAAGCUGUUUGACUCUGUUGAAUGCUAUGACCCCAAAACCCUGCAGUGGACAGGUCUCUGUCCUCUGAAAGAGAGAAGGUUUGGGUCGGUGGCGUGUGGCGUCGGCCAGGAGCUCUAUGUGUUCGGGGGAGUUAGAAGCAAGGAGCAAGAUAACCCCGAGCAAAGACAGAUGAUGACCUGCCAGUCUGAGUUCUACCAUGACGACAUGAGGAGGUGGAUGUUCCUGGAUGACCAGUCCUUGUGUAUCCAGACCAGCUCCUCCUUUGUUUACGGUGCGGUGCCCAUCGGAGCCAGCAUCUAUGUCGUGGGAGACCUAGACACAGGAACAAGCUUCGACUACAUUCGGGAGUUUCGCCGCAGCACUGGGACGUGGCAACGCACCAAGCCUAUGUUACCCACCGACCUCUCCAAAACGGCCUGCUCCGCCCUGCGCAUCGCCAACUGUCGACUGUUCCGCCUUCAGUGGAGCCAGGGCAUGUUCCGAAUCCGAGUGUGACUUCAGGACGCCAGCCAGUGGCCCGCUGUCACCGUCCUCCUCUUUAUUGCACACUGGUACUUUCUACCUGCUGUAGGUCUGGGUUUAGGGAUUAGGGGAACACUAAGGUAUUAUAGUUGCUAGAUAUUGAGGAUUGUAACUCUAUGUUUAGGGGUUUAUACUCCACUUAGACUUGACAGGACAAAAGUUCAUUCAAACACGUUUUUAACACUAUAUGUUUUUAUGUCAUUUUUUAUAAACUUCAAUAUUAUUUUCUUUUUAACAUGGGGUUUGAUUGCUUUUUGCUUUUUAUUCAAAUAGACAUUCCUCAUUUGGGAUGUUUACUGGGGAUCAGUUGCUUGGUGAGGGAUUUAAACUGUAAACAAGACUUAAAUAUAAUAUAUAAUAUAUUAAAUUAAAUUAACAAACACAUUAUUAGAUGAGGGAUUAUGGUUGAGAUUUUAAAUGCACUGCCGUGCGGUUUGCAUGUCUGGUGGUGUAUCGUUCAUCUUCCUGACGACACAAUCCUUUGUCACAGCUGCAGUGGAGGGUAAGGGUUUGAAAUCUCUUAGACUGCGUCAGUCCCCUAGAAUCAGACCGCAAUGGAGCCUUCUGCACAAUAACAAGGAUCCUGUGCAUCCUGGCAGUCUAUGUCACACCAUACAGUAUUGACUUCCGUACUUGUCAGGCUGUACAAAUUAUAGUGCUGUAAAGUAAAUAGAAAAGAAAUGUGCAAGCAGCCAAACGUUGCCAACUCCAUCUGUGACGCUUUCUAGUUUAGAAAUGCAGCAAAACAAAAAAUGUGGCCAAAGCUAUAUCUGUUUACAUCCAAAUGACAAGCCCUCUAGGGCCCGUAGGAAUGAUGUCUGUUUGGGGGGUGGUACCGUGAGGUUUUCAUAGAGCCAUAAAAGGAGGAGGUGUCGGGGAUGGACGGGUCAUCUAAAAAUCUGACUUGAGCAGCACGGGAGACUGCUAAGCCACCUACACAUGAUACGCGCUUUGCUUAGAGCGCAGAGCAAAGCGUCAUCAAGGAUGGCAUGAAGCUACUUCCUGUUGCUGAGAAACAACAUUCUGUUGUCUCAUUGGUUGUGCUUUCAAAAGGUCAGCAGCAUCUAGGUCAAAGUUUAAAAUAACUAUUUCAACUUUAAGCACAACGCAAAGCGGCAACUCUGAGCGGUGCGUGACGCCAGGGGUAGUGAGCGCCUAGUUGUGGGGUCUUGAUUUGAGGCUGAUGAUUAAGUCCUGAUCACCCGGUCAGGGUUGUAUUUGCCCCUUGUAUUGUCCCUUACAUAUUGAAUUGUUGCCGAGCCACAAAACCACCUUAAAGUGCCCAUUUUGUGAAAUAAUUACUUUUCCUGGGAUAUUUUUUUUGUGUGUGUCUCUGGUGCUUCCACACUCAUACACACUUGGAAAAACCCAUUCACGGUG